AUGCAUGAUGAAGGUGAUCCUAAAACCUAUGCUGAGGCAAUAAGCUCCAGAGAUGCUAAUUUCUUGAAAGAAGCUAUCAAUGAUGAAAAGCAUUCCCAUUUGACAUAUGGAACUUGGAUAUAUUGUGAUUUACCUCCUGGUGCUAAGCAAGCUCCCAUGCAAUGGCAUGAGAAGUUCGACAAAGUAGCUCUGUCAUAUGGUUUUGUUGUGAAUGAUGCUGAUAAGUGUAUCUAUAGUACAGAAGAUAAAUCUGAGUUCGUGAUUCUAUGCUUGUAUGUUGAUGACAUGCUUAUUUUUGGGUCUGACUUGUCUAUUGUGGAACAAACUAAGAAAUUCCUUAGUUCAAACUUUGACAUGAAAGAUCUAGGGGAGGCUGAUGUGAUAUUAGGAAUUAAAAUCUUAAGCAAGGGAGAUGAGUUGGUCUUAACCGAAUCUCAUUACAUUGAGAAAUUUCUCAAGAAAUAUGGUCAUUUUGAUCACAAACCAGCACUUAUCCCUCUAGAUCCUAGUGUGAAGUUAACGAAGAACACUGAUAGAGCUCAUAAACAACUCGAGUAUUCCAGUGUUGUUGGCAGUCUUAUAAUUGAUUGCAUUACAGAUGCAUGUAAGGAGGCAGAAUGGCUUAGAAAUUUACUAGUAGAAAUCCCAUUAUGGAUGAAGCCAGUUCCUUCUGUUAUGAUUAAUUGUGACAAUCAGGACACGAUCUAUAAGGUCUCAAACAAGACUUAUAAUGGAAAGUCAAGACAUGCUAGUCUUAGACAUCAGAUUGUCAGACAAUUACUCAAAAGGGGAGUAGUUGCAGUAAACUAUAUUGAAUCGAAAAAUAACUUGGCAGACCCUUUCACAAAGUGUCUACCAAAGGAUGUGCAUUCAAUAAAGUGUAAGGAGAUGGGACUCAGGUCUGUGAAAGAAGUUUGA